CGCCCUGAGGCCUCGCUCCUUUUCCCUGCCCUGGUCUUGGCCAGGCGAGCACCAGGGCGAAGGUUUCCUUGGCGCCGCGCCGGGGCUUGUGACGCCGCCUCACGGGCCUUUUUGACACCCAGGUGAGCGAGGCAUUCCUAGAACGCGCCCGCCGGGCCAUGCCCUUCGCCGGACGCGGCCACUGAGGAGCAGGCAGUGAGGGAAACGGGGAGGGCCCUUGGCGCCCUUAUUAAUGCGGCGCCCGCCUGCUUACGCUGCCUUUCGAAGAGCUCGGCGAGCCGGUCGUUGGUUCUGGCAGUCGGCUGCCCGCUGCCUUCCUUUGGGCAGCGAUGGAGUUGUGCAGCUCCUUCUGCAGCUGGAGCGCCGAUUUCUGGCGGGGCGUCUCCGGCCCGGCAGAAGAGCGGCUGCUCCACCUGAUGAGCUACGGGAUGCUGGGCUGCAUGCUGGUGGCGGUGGUGCCGAUCUAUUUCUUCGGGAUCCCUUACGGCCGCUACACCUCGCGCUCCUUCGGCUUCCCCAUUCCCGCCACUUUAGCCUGGACGGUGCAAGAAUCGCCUGCUUCCCUCGUCCCUCUCCUGCUCAUCCUCUGCAGCGACAGUGUCCGCCUCACCUUCUGGACGAACCGGAUCCUCCUGGGACUCUUCCUCAUCCACUACGCGUACAGAUCAUUCAUCUUUCCUUUCUUAAUUCGUGGAGGAAAGCCAACACCAUUGAUUCCAUUUUUGCUAGCAUUUCUAUUUUGUUUGUGUAAUGGGUAUAUGCAAGGCCGGAGCUUGAGUGAGUAUGUGGAAUAUCCAUCAAACUGGCUAAUAGAUCCACGUUUCAUUUUAGGUUUUAUAGCAUGGAUAACUGGUCUGGCAAUUAAUAUACAGUCUGAUCAUAUUUUGAGGAAUCUUAGAAAACCGGGAGAAACAGGCUAUAAAAUACCAAGAGGAGGAAUGUUUGAAUAUGUAACUGGAGCAAACUACUUUGGAGAGGUUCUUGAAUGGUUUGGAUAUGCUCUUGCUUGCUCAACUAUCGAAAGUGUAGUUUUUGCCAUCAGUACACUAAUCGUAUUGGGAAACAGGGCACAUAAACAUCAUAGGUGGUACUAUGAGAAGUUUGAAGAUUACCCACAGAAAAGGAAGAUUCUAAUCCCAUGGGUGUUCUGAGCUCUUCACCUUGGUUGUCAAUUCUGAAUAACUCACGUUACUUAGAAGACACUGACUAAAUUACUUCUGGUGUUAUUGCAGAAAAGAGAGGUUGACGGAUACGUGUUCCAUAAGCAAUUGUAACGUAAAAUACUGCACUGGAUGAUAGAGCAGUAACACAUUUUAUUUACUGCUUAUGUGAAGUGGUACAUUGAACUGUGAAAGUCUUCACCUAUGAACCUGGGAAAUUUUUAUACCUCAUAUAAACAUAAGAAAAUAGCUUA